AAAGCAUAUAAUUAAUCAUAGGAGUUGGGGGGAUUCAUUAAGGCUGAGUUAUAGGGGAGAAGCUGGACAAGGCACUAGGACCUAGAAGGCAUCUAUCCACCCUGGCAGGAAUUUCUUGCUUGGAGCUCAGACAACAAAGGCAUAGAGAGAUUGGUUUUCUUUCUCUCAGCAUCUCCACCCAACCAGCAGAAAACCGGUCACUGAGGUUCCACCAAAAUAUGGAACUUGAUUUUGGACAUUUUGACGAAAGAGAUAAGACAUCCAGGAACAUGCGAGGCUCACGAAUGAAUGGGCUGCCCAGCCCCACUCACAGCGCCCAUUGUAGUUUCUACAGAACCAGAACCUUGCAGGCACUGAGCAAUGAGAAGAAAGCCAAGAAGGUACGUUUCUACCGCAAUGGGGACCGCUACUUCAAGGGGAUUGUGUACGCUGUGUCCUCUGACCGUUUUCGCAGCUUCGACGCCUUGCUGGCUGACCUGACGCGAUCUCUGUCUGACAACAUCAACCUGCCUCAGGGAGUGCGUUACAUUUACACCAUUGAUGGAUCCAGGAAAAUCGGAAGCAUGGAUGAACUGGAGGAAGGGGAAAGCUAUGUUUGUUCCUCAGACAACUUCUUUAAAAAGGUGGAGUACACCAAGAACGUCAAUCCCAACUGGUCUGUCAAUGUGAAGACAUCAGCCAAUAUGAAAGCCCCCCAGUCCCUGGCUAGCAGCAAUAGUGCCCAGGCCAGAGAGAACAAGGACUUCGUGCGCCCCAAGCUGGUGACCAUCAUCCGCAGUGGCGUGAAGCCUCGGAAGGCCGUACGUGUGCUUCUGAACAAGAAGACAGCCCACUCUUUUGAGCAAGUCCUCACUGAUAUCACUGAAGCCAUCAAGCUGGAGACCGGGGUUGUCAAAAAACUCUACACUCUGGAUGGAAAACAGGUAACCUGUCUCCAUGAUUUCUUUGGUGAUGAUGAUGUGUUUAUUGCCUGUGGUCCUGAAAAAUUUCGCUAUGCUCAGGAUGACUUUUCUCUGGAUGAAAAUGAAUGCCGAGUCAUGAAGGGAAACCCAUCGGCCACAGCUGGCCCAAAGGCAUCUCCAACACCUCAGAAGAGUUCAGCUAAGAGCCCCGGCCCUAUGCGCCGGAGCAAGUCUCCAGCUGACUCAGGUAACGACCAAGACGCAAACGGGACCUCCAGCAGCCAGCUCUCUACCCCCAAGUCUAAACAGUCACCCAUCUCCACGCCCACCAGUCCUGGCAGCCUCCGGAAGCACAAGGUAGAUCUGUACCUGCCUCUGUCCUUGGAUGACUCGGACUCACUUGGUGAUUCCAUGUGAAGGAGAAGAGAAUGUUCAGAGUCCAGAGUACAAAUCCAAGCUUACCGUUACAAUAGGGUACUUCUGCUCAAGUGUCCAACAGGGCUAUUGGUGCUUUCAAGUUUUUAUUUGUUGUUAUUUAAAAAAAAAACACACUGUAAUAUGUUGGGUUUAUGUUCCUGUGAAUUCUCCUCUGGGCCACUGAUCCACAAUUACCAAUUAUAAGAGAUAGAUUGAUAACCAUCCUUCGGGGUCACUUUCCGGGGAUGCAAAAUGUGCUAGUCCAUGACCUUUCUAUUGAAAACUUAGGCGCCUGCGUUACUUCUCCCGUGUCUCACUUUGCUCAUACAUGACAGUCUUCCUCCUGUAGAGGGUUGUUUACAUACAUAGCACUUAAAAUGCGUAUGUGGGAAAGAAACUCAUUGGCAAAUCCAAGAGUGACAAACACAAGCGCCCCUUGUCUCCCGAUCUCAAGAAUGCUGGAGGAUCCUGGGAGGGCAGCAAGGCAGCUCCCCAGCCUCGCUCUUCACUCCCAACUGAGCCCCCAGUUUGCCGUCUAGCACCGACUCUGGCUGUCAAGGGGGAGAAACACCAGCAGCUUGUAAUUCUGACGCCAGGUGCUUGGGACGCCGGUGCAGGGCUAGCGAAAAAGAGACUACCAGAACUGAGAAACACUGGAGGCGUUUCGGUAGACUUUCUAAAGCACAGUGAAUUGCUUGUCAAUCUCUCCAGUGGGGCAAUUUGGAAUCAAUAAGCAAUUAAGAGUUGGCGGUGAGGGACUUCAUGUGCCCGAUUCCUCUAGGAGGCUGUCUAACAUAGCGAGUUAUUACACAAACUGUAUGGUAUCCAUCUAUCUCUGUUCUAUUGAAUGCCUUGUAAACAGCCAACACUGAAAACACUGUGAGAAUUUGUUUUCAGGUCUGACACCUUUCGGUCGCUUUUUAUAGCAAGAAAACCAAUAUCCUUUUUAUAAAACUUCGUGUCUGUACUUCAGGAGCCAACUCUUCAGGCUCCUUUUUUAUAAACUGGUGAUUUUUCUUUUGUCUAAAAAACACAUGCAGAAAAUUUACCAAAAAAAAAAAAUGCAGAAUAACGUAGUUUAGAAAUCAUGCUGUCACUGCCAAACAGAAACCUCCAGGAGGAAAGAAAAUGAAUAGCAGAGGCCAAUUCAAUAGAAUCACUCUUUUGAUAACUUUUUAACAGUUAUGCUUACAUUAAUAAUUUCAACGUGGACCAGACAUUCUAAUUAUAUUUUAAAGGAAAUGUUAUGGCAUAUUUUAAGCAACUCUUUUUAUCUACAAUCCUGAUAUUUCAUACUGAAGACACAGAAACCUUUUGCUUGUCUUUAACACUAGAAAGGGUUUCUCUUUGCUAAGGACUGAUCAUUCGAAAUAGUUCUCAGUCUUUGAGGUACCGGUUCAUAACACUGCUUUUUGUCUGUGAUCAUAGCCCAUAAUGGCGAAGACAACUAAAUUUAAGGGAAAGCCAUGCAUGCCAAUUCUGUGUUUGCUUUUAGCAGAUAUGAAGAUUUUUUUCCUUAUUGCUUUGUAAUUGUUCAGAUAGUUUGUGAGGUGCAGCAUUCAAAGCCAAGCUGCUGUUUGGCUCCUGAGUGACUUGCAACUGUUCCUCCCCUUGAAGUGGAAUGAGCUUGGGGUGUGUGUGUGUGUGUGUGUGUACCCGCAGUUCCUUCAGAAUCAGGAGAUACUACAGGGUACCCCCCACAUGGAUCCGUGGCAACUUGGUGGCAUUGCUGACAUGCACUGUGUGGAAGGGAACUCAGUGGCAGAAGGGGUAGCUCAGAUGCCCCUAGACAAGCUUCAGAUGACCUUAGCUACAAGAAAUAGGUUCGGUUCAAGAGAAGUCCUGAUGAUGGUAGUACGGAUUCCUGGUUAAAUUGGUCACCGAAGAACCCCAAAGCGUGAGAAUCGCUCAUUGCCCCUCUCCUUUACGUGUAGACUUGUUGGAAACCAUGACAAAGCCCAUUUUUCUUACCCUCUACUUCCUUCUGGAAGCUCAAGGUUUUUCCUUAGUGCGUCCCAGAACAAUUUGUAGUUAAUUGGGAAAAAGCUGGUACUAGGGAUGGUGGAGGGGGGCAGGGGCAGUGUAGAGAGAGUGGUAGGAGGUCUAUUUUUAAUCUUCAGGCCAGACCCCCAAAGAUUCUACUCUCUGCAGAUCUCAUUUAGCCCAGUUCCUUCCAUUUAAGAUGAGACGGAGGCUGAGGCCACUAACCGACAGACUGGUGAGGAGGAGGACGAGAGGAGGAGUUCAGAUUUUCUCCUGUCCAGGCCCUGUGCUACCUCCCUGAGCACUUCCUCGCUGGUGGCGUGUGUACUAAAUGGACACAUUUUCUUUAGAGCAACCUUUGAUCCAACAGUCUUCAGUCAUAAAAGUAGAUUUUCCAUCUUUCUUUUAAUCAAUUAUAAGAGAACGUUUCUGUACUGCCACUUCAUGGGGCUUGGUCUUGUUCCAAAAUGCAAGCCUUUAAUGAUUGCAUUUUAAAUUAGUCCAUUUUCAAGGCAGAAGAAAAAAAUUGUAACUGCGCGCCUUCACCCCUGUCAUUCAUGCUGGAUUUUGCCCAAUCCAGUUUUACCACUGAAGUCCCAUUGUGUUACCUUCUGUGCACUCAGCAAAUAUCAAGUCAUUCAGCAAGCAUCUGCCACCACUCCUCCCAUCCUCCCUCCCUUUUUUACGCAUGUGCGUGCCCACGCAUGCACGGGCACACACACGCACACGCACACACACGCACACACACACACAGUCCAUCUGUUGCUUGUUCCUACCUCCUGAUUUUUCUCCCUUACAGAAAUAGAAAUAGGGACAAAGAAGGGGAAAAUGUAUAUAUGGGGGCUGGGCUGAACAACUUCAUAAGUAGUGUUAACUAGGGGUAAAUUGAGAGAAAAUUUCCUUUUCUCUUCACUGUUUUGGAAAGGAUAGCCAUUAGCAUGACUGCUUUGUGUCCUUAAGGACUUUAGUAUUAGCCUAGAUUGAAUCAUAGAGUUUUCUAGCUGGAAGGAACCUUAGGAUCACAUCAUCUACUCCAAAUUCCUCGUUUUCAGGCCAGGAACGGAGAUGCAGAGGUAAAGUAAUUUCCCCAAGGUCACACAGCUGGCUGGGGGCAGGGCUGGGAUUAGAACCCACAUCUCUUGGCUCUUACUCCAGGACCUUUUCCCACUGAACUGUAUUGCCUUCCACUAGGCUCCUGAGAAUUCUUUCCCAGGGUCAUGUUGCAUCUUGGAGCCAUAUGCUGCUGCCCUGAGCUCAGUGGGAAAUCCACCCAGCAACCUAACACGGCUCUUUCUCCCUGUGUUCACAUGGUUCCCAUCCACAUGGACUGCAGAUGUCCCCAAAGAGAAAGAGACGUUGAGGACCUACAGGAACAAUGAGGUCCCUGACCUUGUCCACCCAACACAGAGGAUCACUGUCCCACCUCGACGAGCCCUCGGGACAGCCCUCUGAGCUCCUGCCCUGUCCAAUUGAAAUGGGGGAAGACUGAUUUUUCCUUGUCAGCUCACCUCAUCUCAUCUCCUACUGGUUGGGUCUUCAUUGGCUGAGGGAAAUGUUUCUUGUUCCUAGAGCAGGGAAAGGAAGGAAGAACAGAACCAUAGCUUUGUUCCUAACAUUCCAAGACGGCUUUUCGUAGUUUUUAAAUGACUGUGGCUGCCAUUCACUGACAAUGAUUUCUUUUAAAAUAUGGGAGAGAAGCUAGCUAGAGAAAAUAACCUGUUCUCGCUGUGGUGGUUCUCAUCCACAAUGUUCCCAUAGCCAUCCGGCCCCAACGGGGACAAUUUCCAGGUAUAAGCAAGGGGCUUUGUAACUAAAACGCACCCUGGCUGACGGUAAACAUCGGCUCCUUGUGUUUGCACGAAAAGAGCAGGCUAUGUGCUCUGCCUCCCAUGCUCAUCUCGUGUACUCUGCUUGCUCCUGGGUCCUUCCAUGGCAGAAACCAGGACAACAAGGUCUGGACACGUGGUUUGCCUUGCAACAAGGCUCCUCCUGGGAAUGAAGGGGUAUUCAUUAGUUCAGGUCCCAGAGACUUCCUUCUGGGCUUGCCCCACUUCUCAGGAAAGUCUCUCUUCUUCCUGCGUCUCCUCCCCAAUUGGAAGGAACCAAGGAACCUUAAAGUGGACGUAGAGUUCUAAGAAGAAGGAAAAUAGAAGGGGUUUGAGCCCCCUAGAUCCUUCUUUGAAUCACCCAGCCCAAGUCUUAGAGCAGCAAUCUGGUGCUUGCCUUAGACAAAAUUGUGUCUACUUUCUCUAGUCCCUUCAAUACUCUGGCAGGACAUGCCCUCAAUCCUGCUCAGAUUUGGUUCUAAAUAGCUUUUCUUGUUUAAAAACAAAUCUCCCCGGGACAAGGGAAUAAGUGCGCAAGAGCUAGAGUGUGCUAGGUGAACUCCAGUACACUGCUGAGAGCAUUUUCAAAGAUCAGCCUGCCAAGACACAUCUCUGGAUAGAUGCCCCGGGACAGGGUGGUUCGAAUGACCUCUUUUGCUACCCGAGUUGCUAUGGGGACUAAAGGGCAUUGGAGAUUUAUUUUUUUGAAGAAGGCCAUUGGAAUCUGUCUUUGGCCACAAAGGGCCACUUGAAUCUCCAAUUCCAGGCCUUAAUCAGGCAUUGUCCUCAUUGUAUUAAGGGAUUUGGCUCUCAGGCCUAGGCUGGUUUCAUUGGUAAACCGUCAGUAUUUUGAAGCUCAUCUGAGAUGAGGGGGCAUUAAGGGUCCUAUGUUUUGGGACCUGGAAUCCAGAGAGAAUGAAGUUCCAGACAUCAAUAUGCCAGAAGUGAUCUGAGACCUCCUGUGUGGCCAUGGGGCUGUCACACUACUGCCACUGCCCUAGGCAGGGGACCUCUUAGGUAGCAUUGUCCAACGGGACAUUCUGUGAUUCCAUAUGGGGUUUCCUCUUCCUUAUAGGUGUGGCCAUCUGGACCAAGGACACUGCAUUGAUUCCCCAUGUCUACGUUUUGGUGGGAGAAGCCUCUCCAACAGGCUCUCUGGCUUUUGGUGGCCCAGACCCAGUCUAGUGCUGUUAAUAGUCAGUGGAUUGCCCUAAAGGCUGUGAUUACGGACCAAGACAACACAGGCCAUUUCUUAAAAGUGAAUUCCCAAUUUUAUUCUUCCUCUGGUUAGCACACCUCACUUUCCUAGUAGGUAAAAGGCCAGAGGUUCUUGUCACACAGCAGCCAAGAUGCAUGGGUGGGGAGGAAAAUGCAUUUCUAAACCCACAGAGUGCUGACUUCAGGGGUCAACCUACUAUGAGCUGAGACUGUUAGCAGCUCCUCCUAGCCCCUUCCACUUUUUCUUUUCAGAGAUUAGAAGUCUUAUUCUCCAUCAGCCUGUCUUUCAGUAUGCCUAGGUGAAGAAUUUUGCUCCUCCUGUCUCUCCAGGAAAAGGAGACUUUCUCCUCUGUCUCCCCCACCCUGGUCCCCAGAGCUUAUCUCCAUCCUCGAAGCUGUAGCGUGGCCUUGACAUUCCACCUCUUGGUGAUCCUGUUGCUUCCUGCUUUGCUUCUCACUAAGGAUCCGUGCAGACCUUCCGCUUUGGCUGAGGUGGUGUGACACUGGCUAUCACAGGACAAGACUCUGGAACCCGCUUCUAAUUGCCUGCCUUUGUAUCCUUUAGUUUAUAGGCUUUGACAUCUUCUGGAAUCAGAUGCCAUCUUGUCUUAUCUUAGAUGCCUGGGGUUGGGGCAUGGGGAGUACAGAAUUCCCUUUGGGAAUUAAGGCAUCUUCCUGCUCCUGAUUAGAAGGACAGGCUAGUUGGGCGAGGUCAGAUGGCACAACGAAGUCAGAGCAAACACCUUGUGAACUAAGGCAUAAAUGUGGGGGCAUGGAAACUUCUCAUUUCUGGGUUGAUAACCUGAGGAAUCAAUGUCUUUUCUCCACUCUCUACCUCCCCUGUGUAUCUCUUCGUCUUCUCCUUCUCUCUCUAGUUCACUAGAUUUGCUCUCAUUUUUAUACUCUUGUUAUCGCCCUCUCCUUCCUGAGUACAAACGCCCAUCCCUUGUCCUCUGCAAUCUUCUCUCUUGUUUGUCGUCUCCCAUUUUAUUCCUUCCUUCUUCCACGUCUAGGUAUUGGGCACGUGCCUCUUGUAAGCCCUGGGAUUUUGCCUUGGUGAUGCGAAGUUAUUUCUGGACUUGACCAGCGCUGAUCUCACUCCAGUCCAGUCAGAACUAUGGUGGUUGAAAUCAAUCUUAUCCUGGCUCCUUCUUCACCACAUUCAGUUGUGAUUCCCCAAAGCAGAUCUUCACAAGCAGUUUCCUUACAGCUCCUGUAUCUUUGGGUCUUUGCCUUCCAAGCACUGUACAGAACUCUCUGUGGUUCUUUUUUAGUCUGCCAUUUUGUGAUGCAGUGAAGUGUGCUCAGAGAAAUAAUCAGCUGAACAGAAAAAUCCACCCAUGGAUUCUUAUCAGCGAAAUACUAUUAACUGAUUUUGUUUGAUUUGCUCAUAGUUUAAAAAGCUGCAAUAUAAUAUGAUGAGAGACCACAGGUCAUUUCUGCUGUGGUUUGGUUUGGCCGGGUGGGGGCGUUGGGUUUGAGGGGGGAGCAACUCGUUUCAGGUUUUACCCCAUGACACAUUAAGCUGUCUGUAACAACCUUAUGUUUGGGGCUUGCCAACUGUUGAACUGUUUUAGCUAAACUGAUAGGCCAUUGGGGUUGAUUUAAAUGGAAAGGGCAAUUAACAAACCCCUACCAUAGAAAGAAACAUUCACUUAAUUAAAAUGUAUUUGUCCUUCUGUUACUAAAUUCACCUAAACAUUUACUGUUGACUCCAACUGUUCCUAUCCCUGUGCAGGCAGUCCAUGUAAGAGUAAUUAGCGGGCCUCAAGAAGUCAGCUUGUAGGUGCUAAUUUAUUCAACAGGGUGCACAGCCCUUGGGGAUGUCACGGCUUGGCAAUGCCAGAUGGAAUGCCCUUUCCGAUGGCUUUUCUUUAGAAGUCCUCUUAAAGGGAUUUGAGCAAGUAAGAAGUUAUACCAAAACGUCUCCCAUGUAUGGUCCUGCAAUAUAUUGCAGCUUGAAGCCAAUGAUCCCUUAUGACUUGUACACAACUAAUGCAUGUUUUGAUUGAAGUUUGCAUUUCUCAUGUGUGGUAAGUUCUUUAAAAAAAAAAAAAGUUUCGGGUCACCUUUUUGUGCCAUUAAACUUGUACAGAAAAUGCUUUUAUGGCCAUUUUCAAAGGGAGAAAGUUUAAAAUGGAAACAGCCCACCCUUUCUGCCCUCUAGCUGUAGUUAGAACUCAGUAAGUGUAGCACAAACAGCUGUAAUUGGUGGUUGUAGUAUUAGAGGCGUUAGCUUGCUAGUGACUAGCUUUGGAGAGUAAAUGCAUGGUAUUGUACAUCACAUUUCUUAAAUAACUCAUUUUAACCUCUGAAAAGAAUAUAUUCUUCCCUGUGGUCCCUAGUCCCUGCCCUGCCCACUCCCUCCCCCUGCUCCCAGGUGUCUCACAGUUGUAAAUAACUGAUUUGGGGGCCCACGCUUUUUGCCAAGUCAAGGCAGCAAAGAACAAACUGGCCAAAAAGGGGGGAAAGGCAUUUCUCAACAGUCUCUUCAGCAGCUAGUGACCAUUUCUCAAGGAAUGACGUUAUGAUCAAAGACUCAACUUCCCUUUGCAAAAUCGGUGGCAGCUGGAGAAUGUGUUUGACCAUUUGCUUACAUUGCGGAGUUGAAAAGUUCUCGGAAUCGUGUGUAAUUGAAAGACAGUGGACAAUGAUGUUCAUUUAUCCCUGCAGCAGUUUUGAGGUAUUUGGAGACCUCACAAGGCUCUGCUUGACCAAUGAGCAAUACUUAUAAAGAAAGAAAAAGAGAAACAGAGAAAGACAACAGAUAACUUAGGGACUUUUUAGCUGCCUGCUUAGAAGAGUUAGAGCCAUAAAAGACAAGGACAUGCGCAUAUAUGCAUUGCCCCCGGUUUCCCAGGCAAGGCCUAGCCUUGCUCUCAGACUGUGAUUCUCAAGUAGUGUUCCAAGAAGGCACUCUCUCCUUUUUGGUUUGCUGUUCCCACUUGGACUGGUAGGUUUGAUGAGGCUCGUGUAAAACCAGCUGGAGCAGACCCUUUUCAUCUCCUGUGCCUGUUAAUAUCCCUCUCCCCCCUCCACGAUUUCAUGAGGGCUCUCUUUGGUUAGAGGACUUCAAAGUCUAGAGCAGUUCCCCAUGUGUGUAACGUGUUGUGAACUGUGAAUGCUGCAGAUUCAUGGCAUUCAAUACCAGGCAGCCGAAGAGCUGCUCUUGCAAUCAUUUUGGCUCUCAAGCUCUGUUCUUCAUCUCAUUCUCAUUUCUGUGUACAUUUGCAAGAUGUGUGUAAUGCCAUUUUCCAAAAAUAAAAUUCGAUUUCAAUA